AUGGCUUCCCUACCACCUAUUGCCAUUCCUGGGCAACGCCUUGGUCCUUUAUCCACAUAUUCUGCAGGCCCCGGCACACAUGUUCAGCAAUCCUUCAUCUAUGCUUCCAUCGCCGGCCCCGUGAUUGCAGACCCUGCACAGCCAAAGUCCCAAACAAGACCAACCCUCAGAGUCUCACGAGUGGUAUCUCCGAAAGACCAAGCAGGCUCCAACCCAGCCGUUCCCGGCGCGGCAUCCUCAAUGAUGUCGAAGCCCCGCUACAACACCCUCCCCGCAGUAGACUCCAUCGUUCUUGCCCGAGUGACCCGCGUGCAGAAGCGACAAGCCACAGUCUCCAUCCUUGUCGUGCUAGACGAAUCAGCAACACAAUCCCAAGACCAAUCACAACCAGCCUCAGACAAUGACAACGUCGCCUCCAUCCUCACAUCUGCCGCCAACCCAGAGAACCACAGCGGCACCGACGAACUGCGUUUCCAGGCACUUAUCCGCAAGGAAGACGUGCGUGCCGUUGAGAAAGACCGUGUCGUUAUGGAUGAAAUGUUCCGUGUCGGUGAUAUCGUUCGCGGCUCUGUUAUCUCGCUUGGCGAUCAGAGCUUUUACUACAUCACUACCGCACGCAAUGAUCUCGGUGUUGUCAUGGCUCGCAGUGAGGCCGGCAACAUGAUGUUCCCCGUUAGCUGGAAGGAAAUGAGAGAUCCUGUCAGUGGAACUAGCGAGCAGAGGAAGGUCGCCAGACCGUUCUGA